AUGAGUGCUUCCAAAGGGGCCUUGUUCGGGGGAGCCUUGUGGCAGAGAAUACUCCUUGGGAGAGCUCAGGUGCUCGGCUACCUUGAUCGGUACUAUCAAGUUUUCAUGUGGAAUCGCCGUCUUCAACACUUUCAUUGUCACUCUGCAGUGCCGGUCACCUUCCUCAUUGCCAGGGCUCCCAAUCCUACGCCUCUGCGGCAGCCGGCAAGAGCUAUGACAUGGCAACCUCGAUCCCUCCAGCAGAGAAUCAGAGAUGACAAGACCUUGGACAAGCCCAUAGGUCGGAUGUCGCUGGGCGCAUGUGUGGGCCCAGGAUCCAGACUGGCGCUCUACAGACAGAAGAACGCAUCGUUCGCGCUGAGAACGCCAGCGCCAAUGGUUUUGAGGCUCUCGGUAACUUCGCCGGCGGCGUCGUCGUUGCUCAUGUCGCUGGUGUUGACGCCUCUACCAUCAACAUCCUCUUCCUAG